AUUUCAAUCGGCGAGAAAAAUAUAUAUUAAAAAAUGGCGAAGUUUGAAAAGGUUUGUGUCGUCGUUAUUCUACUUGUCGGCGUCGUAUCAUUCUGCCAAUGCGCUGGUAUCGAUGAUUUUUUGAACGAUUCAGCGUUAGUCAAAAGACAGAUCAACUGUGUAUUGGACAAAGGACCGUGCGAUGCGAUUGGACUCUCUCUAAAAGCAUCAAUCCGGGAAGUAUUAGUCAAUAAUUGUCGCAACUGUAAUCAACAACAGGCAGCGAAUGCACGUAAAGUUGUGGAGUUUGUGAGGACGAGAUACCCGGCUGAAUGGAAUGAAAUAACUCGCAAGUACCUGGGACGCGCAAGGGGAUAAUUUAAUUGAAACAAAGUUAUUGUAAUCUCUAUUGAUAAAAAAAUAUAAAUUCAAUAAAAAUAAUAU